GUUGGUCAACCUGCUAAUGCCGGCUCCUCUCAUCAUCUUUCACAGAGCUUUACCAACAUGGCAGACACUACGGAUGAGAAGCUGUCGAAAAAGUAACCGAUAUUUCGCAAAGCAAUUGAGAUUCAAAUGAGCGCGUCGUGUCAGUAAGCCUAUUAUCUUACCGCGAUUAUGCUUGCUAAUUUGGUCAAAGCCCACGCUGCUUUUGCGCGGCCGUUUGCGCGAACAUGGUUGGCAAACCACGAGGCAAAAUUGAGUCAGAUGUCUCCACGUCGCCGCUCCACGACUGAGCUGAAGAGACGCCUCAAAGCAGAGCAAAAGGCCAAAGAGAAGGCUGAGAAAGAAGCUGAGAAGGCAACUGAAGCAAAGGAACAAGCUAAGAAUGUUGAGAAGAAGAAUGAUGUCGAGGAAGAGUUUAACGCAAACGAAUAUUUUAAACUUCGAACCUUGACAGUUAGUCAACUUAAAGCUAGCAAUGAUCAUCCUUAUCCACAUAAAUUCCAUGUUUCAACUUCCCUAGAGGCAUUCAUUGAGAAGUUUAGCAAUGUUGUGAAGGAUGGAGAAACACUCGUGGAUGAAGUACAUAGCAUUGCUGGGCGAGUCCACUCCAUUCGAGGAGCUAGCGCCAAGUUGAUUUUCUUUGACCUUCGAGGAGAGGGUGUUAAGGUGCAAGUAAUGGCCAAUGCGAGAAUUUAUAGGGAUGAAGAGAAGUUCGCAACGGACACCUCAAAGAUCAGGAGAGGUGAUAUCAUAGGUGUUGUCGGCAAUCCCGGAAAAAGCAAGAAAGGCGAAUUCUCAAUCAUGCCCCACUCUAUUACGCUUUUAAGUCCAUGUUUACACAUGUUGCCACAUCUCCAUUUCGGUCUGAAGGACAAAGAAACGAGAUAUCGACAACGGUACCUAGAUCUGAUCAUAAACAAUAGAGUGCGGCAAAUCUUCCACAUACGCGCCAAGAUAAUCGCUUACAUACGCAGUUAUCUGGACAAAUUGGGCUUCCUGGAAGUCGAGACACCCAUGAUGAACAUGAUUGCCGGAGGUGCAACUGCCAAACCCUUCGUCACCUAUCACAACGAACUCAACAUGGAACUUUUCAUGAGGAUCGCCCCAGAGUUAUAUCACAAGAUGUUGGUAGUCGGAGGGAUCGACAGAGUGUACGAGAUCGGCAGGCAGUUCAGAAACGAGGGCAUCGAUAUGACGCAUAAUCCCGAGUUCACCACUUGCGAGUUCUACAUGGCGUAUGCAGACUACAAUGAUCUGAUGAGCCUCACAGAGGACAUGGUAUCCAGCAUGGUGAAGGCGAUACAUGGCACUUACAAGAUCGUCUACCAUCCCGAUGGACUAGAGGGUGAAGGAAUGGAGAUCGACUUCACUCCUCCGUUCAAGCGCAUUUCGAUGAUGAAGACGUUGGAAGAAGCCCUGCAGACUGAACUACCUAAGGUUGAUCAACUCAACACGCCAGAGACAAAUAAAAUCCUGAGCGAUCUCUGCGUGAAGUACGACAUCGAAUGCGCUUCUCCCAGGACAUCCGCAAGAUUGUUAGACAAACUCGUCGGAGAAUUUAUCGAGGAGAAAUGCAUCAACCCCACGUAUAUCAUAGACCACCCGCAAGUGAUGUCGCCGUUGGCUAAGUGGCAUCGUUCUGAAGAAGGCCUCACGGAACGAUUCGAACUAUUCGUUAUGAAGAAGGAAAUUUGCAACGCAUAUACUGAAUUAAAUGAUCCGAUCGUUCAAAGAGAAAGGUUUGAGCAACAGGCGAAAGAUAAGGCAGCCGGCGACGAGGAGGCACAAAUGGUCGAUGAGACCUUCUGCACCGCUUUGGAAUAUGGUUUACCGCCGACAGCUGGCUGGGGUAUGGGUAUUGAUCGCCUAACAAUGUUCCUCACCGACUCAAACAAUAUUAAGGAGGUGCUGCUCUUCCCUCAAAUGAAACCCGACGAAAAUCCAAAUAAAAACAAGGAUGUCGUCGCAGACGACAAAGCGUCGUCAAACGACAAUGGCGAAAAAUAAGGCGGAGAAAAUGAGGAAAAAAUUAAGAGAAAAGAAUUAAAGUUAUUUAUUCAAUAUUAUGAAAUUAUCGGGAUGUAAAAACCUCUUUCAGUAGGUAAUUUUCAGUUUUCAACAGAAAUAAAUUUGUUAAAUUCGAUUAUAGCACUUUUUACGUAUCGUAAUUUAUUUCAUAUUCGAAGACUACGACACAUCGAUUGCACAAUCGAUUAUUUACAAAAUCGCAAGAACACGUGAUAAGUAUCAUUGUGUAUAUAUAUAUAUAUACUGAUUAGAACGUCCCAUAUCUCUUAACGUUAGAAUUAUGAACCACUUUUAUCUCUCUCAUUUUUAUAUCGUUAUACCAUACGAGUAAAAACCGAGAUUACUUUGAGAUUAUGUAUAUUCAGACUGAUAUUUAAAAAUCAUGAUACUUCAAGUUUAUUAUUGCCACGAUUGGCCAUUUCGUAAAGUUAUCACGUUUGACAUUAUCCGCUAAACAUUAGAGAAUAUUAUUGAUAAAUUUAAUAGUUUUAGACGUCGUUUAAAAAGGUUAGAUAAAAUAUUUCACGUCGAAAAUUUGAAUCGCUACGGAGAUUCGUAGAGAACUGGAAAACUAAUAGCCAUGAAAGAGAAAAAGCAUGAUACUUCGUAGAGGGAACAUUCUAAUACUACGUACACUGAAGAUUCUCUAUACGCUCGAAGAGAUUCGACAGACACUUGACACUUCAAAAAGACAUGACAUCUACUACAGUGAACACGAACAGUAUGCGCGAUAGAAGAGCAACAUACACGCACACACACAUAUACACACACCCUCGCACCUUGACUCUUUAAGCGAGCCGAAAAACGUGAAAUCUUAGAAAAUACUUGCAUAUUUGCUGGCAGCAUCUUUUAUAUUGUCUGAUAUAUAUCCACUUGGAAAAUAAAUAUAAUCCUAUACAAAAUUUAUCAACUAUAACACAGGAGCCCCAAAGCAGCUUACGUCUAAACUUAUAAAGGUAUUUCAGCUAUAACGACUUGUAUUCGAGUCAUAUAUUUAAUUGAACGUAUCCAAUCAAUGGCAAAAUUCGUGUUCCCACAUUCAGCGCUAAACGUGACGGUCCGCAAUUCGUUCAUCUAAUAGGGAGAUGCCGUACAUGAGCGUUGUGUGAAGUUCCGGGCAGUUACUAGUCAAUAUCGAACGGCCUUGAAAUUCAUACUCUUAUUCACAGUUAACGUUGUUAAUCUUGAGCUUUGAUAAAACAAACCAAAAGUCCGUGGCCAAAAGUCUUAGAAUGACGGGGUCAUAUAUUCAAUGCACGAUGGAAAUAUAUCCUAUGAGAUCUCUGUGGAGAAUUCGCUAUUUAAAUUAGAUAGAACUCAGAACUGGACGGUCACGUUCAGUUGUAAACGCGAGAAUCGAAGUUCUAGCGAAUCGGCCUAAAAUACGACCAAGGAAAUACGUUUCACCGGUAGUUAUUGAUAUGUAUUUCGCGCUUGACUAAUGGCCGUGG